AAUAGUUUUGCGUAAUGGGAGCCGGAACCAGAUUCAAACCUAUGCAUAUUGCCACUUUACGGUAACCGGUGCUGGCAAGGGUACCUACACAGUUGUCCUGGCUACUUCGUCAGAUAAAACCGUCAUCAUGAAGCUCGAGGUACCGGAGACAUUUGAAGAUGUUGCGGUUGUUUUCACUGAGGAGGAGUGGAAGCUUUUAACGGUGCAGGAGAAGAAGCUGUAUAGGGAAGUUAUGGUUGACAACUAUCUUAACAUGACAUCUUUAGGUUUUCAGAUUCCACAUGAUUGCUUGUUGUCAUUGCUGGAUGGUGAUGAGGAAUACCCACCUGAGGAUGGGAACAGGGAAAUGAUGACUCAACAAAAUAUGAUGGAAAUCAUUCACCCUGUCAUCCGUAAAUCUGCCGAAAGCAAAAAGUUUCAUCAGCCAGAUCUUCUGAUAAAUCGACAGAGUAAUGCAGAAGAUAGGAAUGUUCAAACCCCUGACGAUGAUACGAGUUUGACAGACAACUGGACCAUAGUCGAUUCACAUAAGAGUAACAAUUGUACAGAUUUUACACCCCCUGAAGAGCACAUUAACUUAAAGUCCCUCUUUUCAUACUAUCAGCAUUUGAAUGAAAGAGAGAAAAAAUUUCAGCUGCUCUUUUCAGAGGUGCCUGCCGUUUCACAUGAAACUACAGAUGUUGGUGAAAACGUAGUCCUGACAAGUUGCAUUGCUGAUGAUUGCAGGAAUCAGUUGCCUCUGUUGGACCAUCAGUGGAGUCCAUCAAAAGAGCAGGUUAACUGUGCCAAUAGCAAUUUACAUAUUUUGCCACUGUAUAAAAAGUUGGAUCCCCAGCUGCACGUUGGAGGAGAAUCUUGCACACAUGCUAAACUGGACACAAGUUUUAACUCUCAACCAACUUUAAUGGAACAAGCAAGCAGUCCUUUAAAAUGUACUGUUUGUAUGAAACAAUGUAAAACUGUAAACGAGCUGUUAGAACAUGUGUAUUUGCAUACUGUUGAAAGAAGUUUACAGUGUCCUGAUUGUGGAAAGGGCUUUACACAUCUUGGUCUUCUUAAGGUACAUAAGCAAGAUCACUUAAAGAAUUCUCUUAAAUGCACUGAAUGUGGCAAAAGUUUUACUUACCGGUCAUCUCUUUCACGUCAUCGGCGAAUGCACAAAGAAGGGAGACGUUUUCAAUGUACUGAUUGUGGGCGCAGUUUUACACGUCUUGAUAACCUUGCAGUACACAAGCGAAAUCAUGCACGAGAAAAAACUUUCAAGUGCUCAAUAUGCAAUAAAAGUUUCAGAUACAAAGCAACUUUGGCCGGACAUAUGGUGUUACACAAAGGAGAUAAGUCCCUAAAAUGCAAAACAUGUGAUACAUCUUUUAAAAGCUUUAAUAAUGUUUUGGAACAUAAAUGCAUACAGCCGGGAGCAGAGACUUUAAAAUUAGUUGAUCAUAGAAAAAGUUCUUUACAGUUAUAUAAUGGAACAAGCCAGCAGCAAGUCUGUGUUGGUGAAAUGCCUUACAAAUGUACAAAAUGUGAAAAAAGAUUGAAAUACAAAUCAUCACUAAUUGCACAUAUGCUGAUGCACAAGAAGGGGGAGAUUUUAAAAUAUCCUGUUUCUAGCAUAGUUUUUGAAAAUUUAAGUGAGCUUUCAGACCAGAAGCAUAUUGACACAAAAUAUGGCAACAUUAAGCAUUCUUACAUAGAAAAUAGUUCUAAGUAUAUUACUUAUGUUGCAGGGCUGAAGCAAAUUUGCAAAGAAGAAAAACCUCUUAAAUGUGCUGUGUGUGGUAAGAAUUUUACUUUGGCAUCAUCCCUUGCCCGUCAUCAACGCAUUCAUACAGGAGAGAAACCAUUUAAAUGCCCAGAUUGUGGGAAGAAUUUUUCACGCCUUGAUCAUCUUGCCGGACAUAAGCGAACUCAUACAGGUGCAAAAAAAUCACAGGUAUUGGAGCUGUUGCCCAGGGGUGAGAUAACAAAGAGCAAGGAUAAUCGUUCACAUUUUAAUACAGUCUCAAAAGUAAAACAUAUUGAAACACAAGAUAAAUGGUUUAAAUGUUCUAAUUGUAGUGUCGCUUUCAGACAGCUGAGUGACCCCAUAAGCCAUCAAAAGACUCAUUCAUUUGUGAAUCUUUAUUCUUCUGCAGUUUGUGGUAAUGACUUUAACCAUAAGUCUUUUGAAAAACAGUUUCAGAUGCACAGUAGAAACACACCUUUAAGUACUUAUAGAUGCAGAGUAGUAUUAGAGAAUCCAAGUGGACUUGUAGAAUGCAAGGGCUUACACACAAUAGAGAAGCUCUCGAGAAGUCCUAAAAAUGAGAAACGUUUGGCUUAUUCUGUUAGUGUCACAGAACAUGAAAGUAACCAGAGUGACCCGAGAGAAAAAUCUCUUAAAUGCAGUGAGUGUAGUCAGAAUUUUACAUUGCUUUCAUCUUUAAGACGUCACCAAUGGAUUCACACAGGAGAGAAACCUUUCAAAUGUAUUUAUUGUUGGAAAAAAUGUUCUCGUUAUGAUUACCUCACUGCACACAAACAUAGUCACACAGGUACAAAAAGUCCUGAAAAUUAUAAUUUAUCUCCUUUUCAGGAGAGCUCAGAUAGGUGUGUAGGGUUUGAGAACAGUUUUGUAAAUUCUGAGAAGCUAUCAAGUUAUGAGCAAGCUCAAACAAUUGAAAAAUUCUUCACUUGCACUGUGUGUUAUAAGAAUUUUACACAGCUGUCGCAUUUCACAAACCAUCAACAGAGUCACUUAGAUGAGAGACCUUACGUGCACUUUGAAUGCGGGAAGAGCUUUAAGUACAAUUCCUCUUUAAUAGAACAUCUUUGGAAGCACGAGGGAGAGAAGCCUUUUAUUGGCAGGGACUGUAGAAUGUGGUGUUGUGCAAGCCUCAAUGAUCUUUCUAUCCAUAUGUGUGAAUGUUCAAAAAAAAAAAAUGAAUUUAGCAGCACAGAUUAUGGGCACUAUUUCAUGAGUCUGGAAUUUUUAAGUGACUGUAGCCAAGCUCUAACAGGAGAAAAGCCUUUAAAUUGUACUGAGUGUGGCAAAUAUUUUACUUUACCCUCAUCCUUGUCACGCCAUCAGAGAAUUCACACAGGAGAGAAACCUUUUAAAUGUACAAUUUGUGGUAAGCAGUUCACACGUCUUGAUUAUCUUAAAGCACACAGACGAAUUCACACAAGACAAAUUCACGAAACUAGGAUGUCCACUAUUACAGUAUAGUAUCCAGGGUUCUGCUUCUAGUUCCUUCUCUUGACUGAGGUCUUUGUUGUU